GGCAGCAUGAAGGACAUUACAGUGAAAUUGCACAUUAAACCAGGAAGCAAACCUGUGUUUAUGAAGGCUAGGACAGUGCCAUAUGCUAUUCGUGACAAAGUCGAGGCUGACCUGGAUGCGUUGGUCAAAAGUGGUGUUUUGGAACCAGUCACCACCAGCGAAUGGGCGACACCAAUUGUGCCGGUUCCGAAAAAAAAUAGCGGAAUUCGCACAUGUGGCGAUGUUAAAGUGACUUUGAAUCCGGUGCUUUGUGUGGAGCAGUACCCACUUCCAUUGAUCGAUGAUUUGUUUGCAGGUCUGAGCAGUGGUCAAAAAUUGAGCAAAAUUGACCUCAACCAAGCUUAUCUGCAGAUGCAUGUGGAUGAAGAAUCACGGGAGUGGCUGACAAUUAACAUGCACAAGGGACUUUUCAGAUAUUGCAGAUUACCUUUUGGCAUCACAUCUGCUCCUGCUCUGUUUCAACGGGCUAUGGAUCAAAUUUUGAGUGGAUUGCCAGGAGUACAAUGUUACUUGGAUGACAUUCUCUUCACCGGUGCCAACGACGAGGAGCAUCUUCGCAACCUGGAUGCUGUCUUAAAAAGGCAGUAUGGUCUUCGAGUGCGCAAGGAAAAAUGUGAAUUUUUGAGACCAUCGGUGGAGUAUCUCGGGCAUGUGAUAGACCACGAAGGACUACACAAGGCUCCAUCAAAGACAAAGGCAAUUGUGGAUGCACCCGUCCCAGAAAAUGUGAGUCAGCUUAGAUCUUUUUUAGGAAUCCCUUCACUGGCUGCUGCAAGUCUUCAGAGGUGGGCUUUGUUGUUAUCAGCUCACUCAUACGACAUCAAGUAUCGUAAAUCUGAUUUGCAUUGCAAUGCUGAUGGACUUUCGAGCGUCGCAAGUGAAACAUGCAACUCGGAACGACCCUGA